UGGGCUGUUGAGAUUGACGAAGUACAACCCGGUUGCCUUCUGGUUUCUUCACCUGAGACUUUCAGAUUUGCCGGCUCUAGAUUGGUUCUCGAUCAAUCGGUUGUUCUGCUUGUUCGCCAUGGAGCAAGUGGAAGUUCGGGCUUCAUCAUCAACAGACCCACUCAAUAUAACGUCGGGGACGUCACAAAGAAGUUGCCGAUGUUUGAGCAGAAUCCAUUGUAUCUUGGUGGCGAUAUUGGAGAGGGAGUUUACAUGUCAGUGUCAUCGAUCCAUGGAGUCCCUGGACUCAGAAACGCAACCGAGGUUUCUGACGGAAUCUAUUAUGGUGGUUCAGAGCAUGCUAUGCAACUCGUCAGUGAGGGAAAAGCGGAGGCCAAAGACUUCCGAUUCUUCUUCAAGUAUGUUGCUUGGGCUCCUGGGCAGCUUGAAGCCGAGAUCCAGAGCGGAUGUUGGUGCCCAUUGCGAUCUUCUCUAGAUCUUGUCUUGCAA